UUGCCCCCUAACAAAAGUUUCUUUUUUGACUUCUGUUGAAUUGUUUUAUGUUUACCAGGAUGAAUUUCAUGCUGAUUAAAGUUCAUGAAUUCACGUUGGUAACUUUGCAGGAAAGUUUGUCAAUGCGUUCUGUGGCAACAAGCUGAGAAAUUGUUCUUGAAGUUGGCCUAUUGAGAAUCUCUGUGGCAUUUUUGGGACCACUGAAAUGAGAUUUUUUGAGUUAUAAUGGUGGAGUAGGUGCUCGAGUGUGAUACAUGUUGGAUAAUUACCGUACACUAUACCUUGGCAUUCAUGCAACUCUUAAUGGAUGAAAAUGAAUGGUUCUUCUUCUGGGUUUUCUUGGCAGAAGAUUUUCAGUUCUAGGAGCUUAAAUUUUUUUGGAGGCUUUGAUAGGUACUCACAAAGGCACCACAAAAUUCUAGCUUCAAAAACCAAAGAGACAGGGUUAUGUUGUGUUUGCUCAAGGUGACGAGCAGAAAAACCUUGGUGGUCUUUCUGGUGUAUGUGAGGAUAAAGUAGGGGCUAAACUUGACACCCUUUUGUUUGUGCUAUAGAAUGGGUGAUAUUAGCUUGAGGCUAUGGUUGGAUAAACCCGAACGAUCAGUGAAUGUCUCUGAAUGCUUGCACAUAUUUAGGGAAAUAGUAGAAAUUGUUCAUGUGGCUCAUUCUCAAGGAAUUGUUGUUCAUAAUGUGAGGCCCUCCUGCUUUGUCAUGUCAUCUUUCAACCAUGUCUCGUUUAUUGAGUCAGCAACUUGUUCCGAUUCUGGCUCAGAUACUUUAGAAGAAGCUGUUGAGAUCAAAACUCCAACACCUACUCCUAGCUAUGAUAUGCAUCAACAGAGAUGUUUAGGAAGUGAAGAUUUUGUGCCUGUCAAGACUUCAACAGCUUCUUUGACAGACUCUAGUUGCAUGUUGUCAAGUUUGGUGUUUGUGGCACCUGCAUCAUUAAUAGAUGAUACAGAAGAAAAUAAAAUGAAAAACAGAAGAAAGGAUGAGGAAGUUGCAGUAAAGAAGCAAUCAUUUUCAACAAAACAGGUACUGCAGAUGGAGGCGAGUUGGUAUACUAGUCCUGAAGAGUUUGCUGGUGCUUCACCUUCCUGUGCUUCAGACGUUUACCGGUUGGGAGUUCUUCUUUUUGAGCUAUUUUGUCCACUCAUCUCAAGAGAAGAAAAGAGCAGAACCAUGUCCGGCCUAAGACAUAGAGUUCUUCCUCCACAGUUACUUUUAAAAUGGCCUAAAGAAGCUUCAUUUUGCUUGUGGUUAUUACAUCCUGAGCCUAAUAGUCGUCCAACAAUAGGGCAGUUGUUGCAGAGUGAGUUUCUUAAUGAACCAAGAGAUGAUAUAGAAAACUGUGAGGCAGCGGUAGAAGUUAGAGAAAGGAUAGAUGAUCAGGAGUUGUUGCAAGAAUUCCUUUCAUUAAUUCAACAGAAAAAAGAGGAAGCUGCUGAGAAGUUACAGCAUACUAUCUCAUUUCUGUGUUCAGAUAUUGAAGAAGCGACUAAGCAGAAAACUCUAUUUAAUGAGAUAACUGGCACUGGACUAGAUGAUUGUACCACAUCAACUUUCCCGUCCAUUACAGUUGUCGAUAAUGAGGAAUCUGCUUGUCUAGGGACCAGAAAACGGGUCAGAACUAUUCCGUGUGUUGAUGACACUGAAGGGAUUGAUAAUAACAUGAGUGAUGAUCAGAAAAAUGACAGGAGUAUUCUUUCAAAAACUCCACGGUUUUUGAAUAAUUUACAGAAACUAGAGUCAGCAUACUUUUUGACACGAUGCAAAUCAGCCUAUUCCUCAGGGAAACUUGCGGUUCAACAUUCACCUAUUGGUACUGAUGAAAGGAGUUGUGUCAAUAAAGUAGCAUUAAAAGAGAAGUUCAGGGAGGGAAAAAGUCCUUGGACAAAUCCUUUCCUUGAGGGUUUGAGCAAGUACCUAUCUUUCAGUAAGUUAAAGGUUAAGGCUGACCUGAAACAAGGGGAUCUUUUGCAGUCUUCCAACCUGGUAUGCUCACUCAGUUUUGAUCGCGAUGCAGAAUAUUUUGCUACUGCAGGAGUAAACAAGAAGAUUAAAGUUUUUGAAUGUAACACUACCAUAAAUGAGGAUCGUGAUAUCCACUAUCCAGUAGUUGAGAUGGUUAGCCGGUCAACAUUGAGUAGUACAUGUUGGAAUACUUACAUCAAAAGUCAAAUUGCUUCAAGUAACUUUGAAGGUGUUGUACAGUUAUGGGAUGUGACAAGAAGUCACGUGCAGUCUGAAAUGAGGGAGCAUGAGCAAAGGGUAUGGUCUAUUGAUUUCUCAUCAGCGGAUCCGACGUUGUUAGCAAGUGGGAGUGAUGACGGUUCUGUCAAGCUAUGGAAUAUCAAUCAGGGAAUUAGUGUUGGUACCAUCAAAACAAAGGCAAAUGUGUGUUGUGUUCAGUUUCCCCUUGAAUUUGCUCAUUCCCUUGCAUUUGGUUCGGCAGAUCAUCGGAUAUAUUACUAUGAUCUUCGCAACCUGAAAGUGCCUCUUUGUACAUUGGUUGGACACGAUAAGACAGUGAGCUACAUCAAGUUUGUAGACACCAUGAGCCUAGUCUCUGCAUCCACAGAUAACACUUUGAAGCUUUGGGAUUUGUCCUUGUGUGCUUCUCGAGUUAUAGACUCACCAAUUCAAUCAUUCACUGGUCAUAUGAAUGUUAAGAAUUUCGUGGGGUUGUCUGUAUCUGAUGGUUACAUUGCUACUGGUUCAGAGACAAACGAGGUGUUCAUAUACCACAAGGCUUUUCCCAUGCCAGCAUUAUCUUUCAAAUUUUACAGUAGUGACCCUCUUUUUGGGAAUGAAGAGGAUGAUUCUACACAGUUCAUCACUUCUGUUUGUUGGCGCGGUCAGUCCUCCACCUUACUUGCUGCAAAUUCCACAGGAAAUGUCAAAAUUCUGGAGAUGACUUGAGUUGGCCUUUAGUUGGGAAUAAAGAUACAAUUCUUUGGUACACAAGGUUAAAGAAUCAUGUUAAUGGUUAGCUUUUUGUUUCCAAAAAAAGCUAUGGAGAAGUGUAUACAAAUUCCAUGAUUACUACUUGUGACAAAAUUUUACAUUAGAUCACAGAAGAAGCAGUGAGAGAAAAAAGUGAGAUUGAUCUCUUCAAGAAUGUUUUAUAGAUAAAAUUCUAUAUUAGAAGAAAAGGAAAGUGAAAAUAAAUAUUAGAUUGUCUUAUAAAAUAGUGGGACAGAGGAAGAGAGCGGGGCAGAGAAAAGACAGAGAAAGUGCAUAGUUUUGUCUUUGAAUAUUUUGUAUUUAGGGAAAAAAUUAAGUUGUUCCGGGCUUUCCCAUAGUAACAAGAAAAUAAGAUUUUGUUCUUUCCUUUCUUA